AUGGUUGUCCCGAAGAAUAAUGAACCCACUACUUCAUCAAUGAACGGAAGGGCAGUCUCCACCACUAAUGCUCAUCCCGUUCCCUUUUCUUCCGGCUCUGCACAUCCACAUCAUCACCACACAUUCGACGUUUCGACCUCCGAUUCUGCCACUGCUUCCUCCAUUAUUGUUUCUCCCUUUGAAUCGGCUUAUUCCUAUCAUCCUCAAACGAACACGAAUGGUUUUUUCCAUCCUUCUGAUGCCAAUCCUAUUCCGAAUCAAAAUGGAAGACGUGAAAAAGAUUCUUUUCAAACAAUAGACCAUUCAUCACCAUCCAUGUCGUAUCCUCCGAAAAAAUCUACAAAAAAAUCAUUGCUUGUAAAAUUGUUUGGAAGAAAACGGCAUCAUGGUGAUGACAGCAGUGAUGAAGAAGAGAUUUUUCUGAUUGACUCUAAAAAUGGGGAAAAAGUUUAUCUUAAAAAGGAUAUGAAUGGAAUUUCAAAAGACCCUGCCUCGUCAUCCAUAUACACAAAUAUUAAUAGUAGUGCAGAUGCUGCUGUUGGAGAUGAAAAAUUAGAGCAAAAUCUUUUUGAAAGAGAUGUCAAUCAAGACUACUUUGUUUUGAAAAAGAAGAAAUCAAUUCAAGAAAUGACGAACGAAUUAUAUACGGAACCAAUUGCAGUAAUAGAGAAUGGCAAGUACGAAGAUAAACAAGCAAGACUUUUGAAAAAGUCCAAGAAACAAGAAAAACUUUGGAAAGAACUCAUGUCACACAAAAAGACUGGCCUAUUUUUUUCAGUGUGGAAUUUAAUUAAUGACAUUAUCAGCCCAGGAACAGUUAGCAUGCCCGGUGUGGUUGCUCAAAGUGGGCUUUACAUGUCAAUUAUUUGGCGUCAUUUGAAAAGGACUUUACCCGAUCUAGCCAUGAAAGGUUUUGGAAAAUUUGGUUUUCUCAUUGCUUGUAUUUGCAUCUUUUUCUUUAACUUUGGAGGAGCAUGUGCUCAAUUGUUGAUGUUUGGACAAGUUGUUCCAGAUCUCUUACUCUAUUUAUUUAACGAUCCAACCAAUAUUUUCAUCAGCCGAAGAGCUAUUUUAAUCUAUCUUGUAGUUCUUCUCAUUCCAAUUGCCAUGCAAAAGCGAUUGGGAAGUUUUGCCUUUUUCUCUUUCAUUGCUGUUGUCUCAGUAUUUGGAGUGGCAGGUCUUGUGAAUUAUGAACUAUUUUUUGGAGUUCCAAGAUAUAUUCCACACGACCCCAAGGAAGCAUUUGAGUUUAUGCAUCCUGGAUUCAUGAAUGCAUUAGGAAACUUGGCAUACAUUUUUAUUUGUCAUGACAUGAGUUUUCACGUUUUUGACGAACUUCGAAGAGCAACACGUAUCAGAUAUUACAUUGUAGUGUUUGUGACCGUUGCAUUAACAGUUGCUGCAUGUAGUGCUAUGGGUAUUGGAGGAUAUUUAUUAUUUUGGGACAAAAAUCUCAAAAUUGCAAACGUUUUAGAAAUGUUUCCCAAAGGUGCCACCGUCGCAAUUGUUGGAAGACUUCUCUUGACGCUUUCUCUCGUCUUCUCCAUUCCAUAUUCAGCAUUCCUUCCAAGAAAUGUUAUUAUUUUAAUUGUGAAAUUUUUAUUCCCAAGAUGGUACAAUUCAACAGAUGGCUUUUUCACAUGUUAUUGUUGGAACCCAUGGAGAAAGCGUAAACCUCCUAUUGAUUUAUCAGAGCAAGAGAAUUUACUUUCUCAGGAGGCCAACCCUCAACUCAACACGAAUGGCAAUACUCUCUCAAUGCCAGUUCAACAAAAAGAUUUAAACAACAAACGUGCCAAAAAGCUCAAACAUGACUUUGUACACUAUUCAGCAACACUCUUUGUGAUGGCUCUUGGAUUAACCAUUGCUCUCUCAGUUACGGACUUGGGAAUUGUUUUUCAAAUUACUGGAGGAGUGAGUGCAUGUGCAAUGGCCUACAUUUUACCGUGUGCUCUUGCCAUCAAGUUGGAACCUGGAAGAUUUACUGUACUGAAGAUUACUUCAGCAAUUACAUUAUUGGGAGGUUUAGUGAUUUUGGGAAGUACGAUUUAUUUUGUUAUUUUACAAUUGGUUACUGGAAAGUAA